CUCCUCCUCACACCCUGCCUGCGAGGUCCCAGGAUGUGGUGCAGGAGGCUGGCGUGUCUGUUCAAGGUGCCGUGCCGGCUGCGUGGAAGCACUAGACAUUGCUCGCCGUGGCUGCCCCGUGACAGAAGGAGCGUCCUUGCUGCUGUGGCUCGCCGGUAUCACACAGCCCCAGGGUCCCUCAAGUGUGCCUGGCAAUUACACGGUGACCAUCUAGAGCUCAGGUAUGCGAACACGUUGAUGCGCUUCGAUUUUGUCUGGCUACGGGACCACUGCCGCUCAGCUUCCUGCUACAACACCAAGACGAACCAGCGCAGCUUGGACACGGCUAGUGUGGACCUGGGAAUCAAACCCAAGGCUGUCCGGGUAGAUGAGACCACACUCUUCCUCACAUGGCCGGAUGGGCAUGUGACACGGUAUGGGCUCGAGUGGCUGGUGAAGAACAGCUACGAGGGGCAGAAGCAGCAGGUCAUGCACCCGCGGAUUCUCUGGAAUGCAGAAAUCUACCGCCAAGCCCAGGUCCCAUCCGUUGACUGCCGGAGUUUCCUGGAGACAGACGAGGGGCUGAAGGAGUUCCUGCAAAACUUCUUGUUAUAUGGGAUUGCUUUUGUAGAGAAUGUCACUCCCACCAAAGAGGACACAGAAAUCUUAGCAGAAAGAAUCAGCUUAAUCAGGGAGACCAUUUAUGGUAGAAUGUGGUACUUUACCUCCGACUUCUCUCGAGGGGACACCGCUUACACCAAGCUGGCUCUGGAUCGUCACACUGACACAACCUACUUCCAGGAGCCCUGCGGCAUCCAAGUGUUUCACUGCCUGAAGCAUGAGGGCACGGGCGGGCGGACGUUGCUGGUGGAUGGUUUCUAUGCAGCGGAGCAGGUUCUCCGGCAAGCCCCUGAUCAAUUCGAGCUGCUCAGCAAGGUGCCACUGAAGCAUGAGUAUGUUGAAAAUGUGGGAGACUGUCACAACCACAUGAUCGGAGUUGGCCCCGUUCUCAAUGUCUAUCCCUGGAACAACGAGCUUUAUCUGAUCAGAUACAAUAACUAUGAUCGUGCUGUCAUCAACACCGUGCCUUAUGAUGUUGUGCAUCGCUGGUACACUGCUCACCGCACACUCACCGCAGAGCUCAGGAGACCAGAAAAUGAACUGUGGGUCAAACUGAAGCCAGGCAAGGCACUGUUUGUAGAUAACUGGCGCGUCCUGCACGGACGGGAAGCAUUCACAGGGUACCGCCAGCUCUGUGGCUGUUACCUGACAAGAGAUGAUGUGCUAAACACCGCACGCUUACUGGGACUCCAGGCUUAGCCCAGACCACCCUCUGGAGAGACAGUCAGACCUCCAGCACCACUGUGCUGUUGCAUCACCAUGCUGAAAAUGUUGCACAUACCUCGGACACCUCCACUCUCUCUAGGCAGUUCUCGGUGCCCCCUCAGGAGAGGGAGCAGGUGGAAGCCAAAGGUCAUGGGAGCCUUACGGGACCAUAUUCUGCCUUUGAGCAUGGUCAGCUCUUGCUGUCUGUGCACCCAGCCUGGUCUUUCUAGACAGUCUCUCUGUCUUAGCUCUGCUGAGUGAAGGUUAAUUGCACCACAGGAAGUGCUUGAAGCGCCUAUUGAUGUGAAGUGCUCCUCCAGUCAAGUGCCUUUGGGACUUGAAAUCUUCAUUUUAACUUGUUGUUCAGCCUUUUUGUCAGCUGGCAGUUCUAGGGGAUUUUUUUUUGUAGCAGAGCAGAAUGGAAAUCUUUAGGGUCUUAUCUCGCCUCAGGCUGGAUUUUACUUCUUCUAGAGGAAAAUUUAAAAUCUGUGGUCCCCAUUUGAUUAAAAUGCCGCUACUCAAACUGAGGGUUGUUGGCAUAUUUUAGUGACUUCUUUCUUAAAUAUACUAUGUACCCCUAUAACAGGCACUGGUACAAGCCGUGCUGCUUGAGGGAUGGCCUGGAAAGAGAACCUUGUACAGUUAGGGUGUUUCUGAAAAGGUUUAGAUUAGAAGGAAAGGGGGAAGUAGCAAGAUCUGUGUGUUGGGAAGAAGAGAUGACUGUUAGAUGAGGGAUGUAUUUCUCCCAUUUCCUUGACUUCUGGUAAUGUAAUGCUUGUAUUAUUUCUGCCUGUUGCACUGUGCUUGUAUCAAGGGCAAAGGCUCAGCAGCUACAGUAUUUGCUGACAAAUUUCCCACUGUGCCUCUCUUUCAUCUUUUCUGAAGAAUGAAUUUGUGUUAGGUCAUCAUUGCACUGGCUGCUAGAUGAAGCUGACCUUUUUUGGAUUUUUUGUUGUUUUGUUGUUUUUUGGUUUUUUUUUUUAAACCAGAUUCUCCUGCAUUGUGGAAGUAAUAAAUACAGAGGGUGCCUUUCAGCUCCUGGUAGCUGGGAGGAUAAAUUGGAAUCUGACACAUUGAAGGGCCACAGUGUAAGGAACAAAAGCAAAUCCUAUUGUUACUAGAAACGUUGGAAUUUCAGAACCAAAAGGGGAUUCUAGGAUUUGUUUAUCUUUCACUAUUCCAAAUCUCUGGGGAUGUUCACUCUGCUCUGACUAGACCUUAAAACAGCUCGUCCUUUUAACUCCUGACUUCCCUGUGCAAGCAAGAUGCUCUUGUUUCCAAGGUACAAGUGCAGCACAGGUGUGUACGUGCUAAACUUGUGGCCCUCAUUUAAUCUAAACACUGAAUAUAUAGAUCCUAGUGUUAAGAGACAGUCUCGAAAGCUUCGCUUCGUGUGGACUGAGCUACCUGAUGCUGUCUUUGGCAGUAUUUCCUGUCUGCAGUGAGCCACCACUGCAGUUAUCAGGAGUUGAAAGAGGUUUCUGAGUGGAGGCUUGGCAGGAAGCUGUUGAUCAGAGGAUAUGUGAGGAAGUGAAACAUGAGCAAUGGUGGCAGG